CUAACACUUCGUGCAUGGCAGUGCACAGAAAAAGGAAAAAGACGAAUACUUCAGCGAGGCGACAUCUGCUCUGCUGCUAAGUCCUCUGAUGUGUUCGACUUUCUUAUAUACCUUAUGCCAAAGGGAGCUGGCAUAGUUGAGCUAAAUAUGAAUUCCCAGACUAAAUACUAA